CCUCCACCAUCACCUUCCAACCGCCCCCUUGCCACGGUUUGAUUCUGACAACGCUGAUAGAAGGACUGGGAAUUUUUUGCAGACAGGAACUCAUCACACAAGAUUAAUCAUGAGCUCUCCUUUCGACAUCAAUGGCGGUGCCUGCGUUGCCAUGGUGGGCAAGGACUGCGUUGCAAUUGCCUGUGAUCUCCGUCUGGGUAUGCAGUCCUUGACCGUCUCCAACAACUUCCCCAAGAUCUUCAACUACGCCCCUUCGACCUACCUUGGCUUGACCGGCCUCGCAACCGAUGUCGCCACCGUUUCAGAUCUCUUCCGGUACAAGGUCAACAUGUACCGACUCCGCGAGGAACGAAACAUCGCGCCCCAGACGCUGGCCAACCUGGUGAGCUCGUCGUUGUACGAGAAGCGAUUCGGUCCUUUCUUCGUCAGCCCCGUCAUUGCUGGUAUCAACCCUACGACCGGCAAGCCUUUCAUCUGCGGAUUCGACAGCAUCGGUUGUAUCGAUUUUGCAAAGGACUUUAUUGUCAGCGGGACAGCCAGUGAACAGCUUUUUGGUACCUGCGAAGGUCUAUGGGAACCGGAUCUGAGCGCCGAUGACCUGUUUGAGACCAUUUCGCAAGCCCUCCUGAGUGCCGUCGACAGAGAUGCCCUUUCGGGUUGGGGUGCCCAAGUGUACAUCAUAGAGAAGGACAAGGUUACUCAGCGGUUAUUGAAGGGAAGACAGGAUUAA